AUGUGUUGUCUUCCAUAUUGUAAAGAAAAUGGAUUAAAAAAUGAUGAAUACAAUUGCUGUUGUUGUGGGAAAAUGAAAGCUAAGACAGCAACGAUAGUGAUAACAAUCUUUGAGACAUUGUGGCUCUCAAUGUGUCUAGUUUUCGCUCUCACCUCUCAAGCAAACAAUGCAAUUACGAUCACCGUCAUUUCUCUAAUGUUUAUACCGAUUAUUCCCGUUAUUUUAGCUCUCUUCACAAUGAGAUCGAUUUUUCUGUUAAUACAUUGGAUUCUCUUUGCUUUUGAAUGUGUAAUGGUUGUUGGAAUGACUGGAGUUGUCUUUGGAGCUGCGUAUGAUCAAUGGCUACCAGAAAUCAAAGGAAAAUACGAUUUGACAGUUCUUGCUUCAGUUGCUUUUUAUGCUCAACUUAUUAAUAUCCGUUUUGGCAUUCCGAUCACAACUUCGAGGGGAAAUUAUCUUGGUGUCGCCACCUUAUUUUGCUACUGGAAACUCACCAACCCGAAAUGGGCAUUCUAUAAAUAUUUAAAAAAGAUCAAUGCCUCCAAUGACGAGGAAACACCAAAUACCAGAGAUAAAGCACAAACGAAUGUU